AUCAUCAUCUUCCCUGUUUCGGAAAAUUUGCUGCGAAUUGAAGCAACGACAAUUUUCUCACUCUAAUUCUCACACAGAUCCAGUUUCUCCAUUCUCCAAUUUUUCUCGAGAAAAGGAGUGAGAAAACAAUAACGAAAUGGACAAGAUGAACCAGGCGUUGGAGAAGAUGAAGAUGCUAGUGGGAAUGGAGGUGGAGGAAGAAGAAGAACGCCAAGCUGCAUCGCUAGAAGCGAACGGCUCCUUCUCUUUCAUGGACGACUUCAAUCGCAGCUGCACCUUGUCCACCAAGCAGAGAAUUAACGGAUUUGUCAUAUGCUUUGUUGCUGGUUUGACUUGUACGCUCUUGUCGAUGCUUGUAUUCUUCAACCCUGUCAAGUUCGGUAUAACAUUCACAUUUGGCAACCUACUUUCACUCGGAAGCACAGCAUUUCUCAUAGGCCCCAAGAGGCAAGUGACAAUGAUGCUUGACCCUGUUCGUAUAUAUGCUACAGCCAUAUAUCUUGCAAGUAUAAUCAUCGCCUUGUUUUGUGCUCUCUAUGUUCAUAACAAGUUAUUGACACUUUUAGCCAUUAUUUUAGAGUUCGGUGCACUAAUUUGGUAUAGCUUGAGCUACAUACCUUUUGCAAGGUCCAUGGUUUCAAAGGUCAUGGUAUCUUGUUUUGACACUGAUUUUUAGGCUGCAACUCGCAAUAAAAGGCUGUAGAUGGAUGCAUUGAAGAACUUCUAAGAUGAUUACCAUAUAUACAUGUUUCACUCUUGUGGGCUGAUGCAUACAGGGAGUUUAGUCCGCCGUAAACGCAGUAGCACGGAAUUGAGAUAUAACACUUGUACGUCUAUGGACUGAGAUUGCGUUUUUUCAUUUUUCCUCAAUUUUCUUCUGGUAUGCUGUUUCUUGCAAUCUGUGUGUUAUGAGAAGGAAUUUGGCACGGCUAUGUUAAUAGAAAUUUGCCUGUUAUUAAACCAUGUAGUCUUUUCACCUAGGUUGUUGAACCACCUCAAAACCAAACUAAUUGAAGUGAUCCUUUGUUGAUAUGUUAUUGUAUCUUUACUUUU